AUGGAAGUGUGCUUAUACUGUCGGCGCGUGCUGCAGCAGCGGUGUGUUUUGUUGUCUGCGGCAGGCUGCGCCCUGGGCAGAGUGCCGCGACCAGGUGACGUGACGCUGGCGGUGACGGAGGUGAGCGGCGAGCCGGAGGAGGCGCCGCUGAACCUGUGCACCAAGCCGCGCUCGCUCACCAUCUGGUCGCCGGGCAGCCAGUGUGAACGCGAGAGCGGGGGCGGCGCUAGGACCGCCCCGCCGCCCACCGCCGCACCCGCCGGCGUUACCCCCGCCGCCCCCACCACCGCCGCGGACACCGCCGCUGUGCCGCCACAGAGGCCGCCGCCCCACGAGAGGACGUUCCAGUGCAAACAGUGCGGGAAGUCGUUCAAACGGUCGUCGACGCUGUCGACGCACCUGCUGAUCCACUCGGACACGCGGCCCUAUCCCUGCCAGUUCUGCGGGAAGCGUUUCCACCAGAAGUCCGAUAUGAAGAAGCACACCUACAUACACACAGGGGAGAAGCCGCACAAGUGCGUCGUGUGCGGCAAGGCGUUCAGCCAAUCGUCGAACCUCAUCACGCACAUGCGCAAGCACACUGGCUACAAGCCCUUCUCGUGCGGCCUGUGCGAGAAGGCGUUCCAGCGCAAGGUCGACCUGCGCCGGCACCGCGAGAGCCAGCACCCCAGCGCGCCGCUCACCUGAGGCGGCCGCGGCUGCCAGCCUCAGCUCGAGCUUUCGGUGCUGUCCUCGGUCACACGUCCAAGUGCAGAACUCUUAUCGAACAGGAUGGAGCUCACCUUCCAAAAUUUGCGCCAGUACUCCCUCUUGACUCGGCAGCUACACCGAUAACAAUUCAGCGGUGACCACACCCGUGACAGAUGGCUCGGUCACAUCAGAGACAUCCUGUGAUAAUGCACAAGCUGACCAUCACACCAAAUAACUAUGUUGCAAGAGCUGUAUAGGCAGCUGGUGCAAAGAAGGAGAAGGAAAUUUGUGGUGUAGCCAUCAUGAGUGACAACAGUGGGCAUUUCCUUUCCUUUAAUUUCAUAUUACCAGAACUAGUCUGUAAAGACAACUAAUUUUGUGUUAUCUCAUAUGUUUAUGAGCUUUUGCUCUUGAAGUGUUUGGUCUGUGUCAGAAUUGUUGAACACUCGUCACUGUUAGUGUAUGUCCUACAGAAAUGUUAAGAUAAGAAGUGGUCGUCAUUCGAGCCACACAUGUCAAGCAUUGAGUCAGACUUCCCGUCGGGCUUUUAGUUACCGGAAAUCAGCGACAUAAUACGUUGAAGACUUAAUAAAUUUAUAAUAUGAGGCUUCGAGAGUAUGUCACUACACAAGGAAACGACAUUAUACAGAGCGAGUCGUGAAUGAGGAAAAAUAUUGCAUGGACAGCAUGCUGCUAAGAACAACAAGUACAGAAUCUUAUUUUUGUUUCUCCUAGUGUUACUGUUUACAUAACAAAGAAAGAAGUUAACCAUUUAAGAAGAUUCUUCACACCCUCAAGAUAUGAACAAAUUAUUCUCUCACGAUGUGUCACAUCACGCACCGAGGUUCUGAUCUGUAUCAUCCAACGUUAGGAAGAUGAGGGGAAAAAAACUCGUUUCGUCGUACAGUACGAUCAAACAUGUGAAAACCUGUGAGCCAUGCGUUGCCAGUAGUGGCAAUAACUAUUGUCUCGUGUCGCUUGAAGUUUCUGCUGUAAACGGAAAGAGCAGCAGACUACAUUACAAUCAAGUGUUGAAACACAAAAAAAUUUAAAAAUUCCCAUCGUAUAUCGUGUGUUAAGAAGCAUUAUCAUUUAACGACAUAGGAGCACUAGAAAAAGACUGCUGUUAAUAGCUCAGUGUGCGACUGAGUACGGAAUAUUUUUCUUCACUUGUGACGUAAUCUGUGCAGUGCUUUAUAAAAGUGCUCUGAGUGUGACGAUAAUGUUACAGCACAUACGUCACUAAACUACACGUUCACGGGAACAAAUCUCUCUUAAUUUUCUCGAUUCCGUUGAGGAUGGGCUGCUGGAUCUGCAACUGAAAAGUCUUGAAAUGUGGAAAUGUCUUUCUUUACAGCAGCUACUUCUUUUUCUGUUUUUUAGUGCACAACCCUUAUCAAUUUAAAGUGCAUACGCUGAUGUAUAUGUGCACUAAAACCGAAAGAGUACGUUGAAAACUCAACCACAGAUAAGCUUCAGAGACACCUCCAUUGGGAUGUUGGGCGAAUCAUCUGCUCCUACAACGUACUUCAGCGUGAUUUACCCUACUCUAAAAAUAAUGUUCAGGCUGGAAACAAAUUCUAAAAUACCCCAAAAACAACACAGUAGGCAUUAAAAGAAUACUGGCCAUCUACAACGUCAUUCUGUAUUGAGAUGAUAUGUUUCCGUAAUUUAUACAUCAAUUAUCAACGCGAAAGGAUGUUUCAUCAAAACAGCAUUACAUUACAGUAAGGUGAAAACAUUAUAUGGCACAGUCAUUUCUACGUGGAGACAGUAUCUCUACAACAACCUGGCCACUUUCUAACAUUGCUUCAUUGGGUCAAUGGAUAUUUAUUCUUGUACUGCUUCCGUGAUUUUCAUUAGAUGCAUAUAGAACAAAAUUAACAUGUAAACCACGAUAAACGUAGAACAACUCAUAAAAUUAAAACUAUAUACAUAACGAUAGAAUCUAAGUCAAAAUGACAAGAAGUUCUCUGAAGUGGUUGUAGGUUAAUAAAAUAAUGUUCUUCCAACGUAUAAAACUAGUAGCAGGUACCCGAAAAAUAUUUUAUGGGCUCCGAGAAGUAAGUACGGGCGUGAACACUACUACUAAACAAUGUUAUUCGCUGAAAUGAUAGUACGACCUCAACAAUAAUGCUACUUAGGGAUGGUUGGUAAAUAGUUUGGUGAAGAAAGAGGAAAAAUCACCAAAGAUGUCUCUUGUUGCUGUCUCUUUCCUAGUUAGCUGAAAGAGUCGGUUGUUUUUGUGGCCUUAUUCUAUACUGCAACUCAACCCAAAGAUUUUUUGAUGUUUUAUACUUAAUUAGGUUAGAUUCAUCGUUUGUGAUGAUCGCAUCCGUCCACUGUAUGACUUCCGUCCUGUAAAAAAAAAGUGUAAACAAUACCAAAGUAUCUGGGCCACUCUACUGGGACCAAAAAUAAAAAUAUGCGACGUUGAUUAGUGUAGGCAUAGCUUCUUAAAGCGUUGUAGCCGGAUAUCAUUCAGCUGAAGCAAUAACAUAGCAUAAAAAUGCUAUUCUAAAAUAUAUUUCGUAUAUUUCCCCUCAGAUCAGAAUAGUCAUUCGAUGUACACACAAUUAUUUUAAUAUUGUGUGUCUUUUAGAACACUGUUUCAAACUAAAGCAGUUGCUCAUUCCAAGAACUGUUCUUUAUUGUUCUAGUUACAUACAUUUUAUUUGUAUGCUUUAUGUUGGUUUUCUAAUUCGACGAAUGACAAUGUAUCUUCGUCACAGUUUGCUAGUUUGGGUCCUAUAUAAUUGACUGCUAUAUAGGAAUGUUAUAAAAGAAAGAGGUUGAUGAAAGUUACUAACUGAUGGGCUUUGUAACUAAACGUGGUGCUCUUAGGAAGGCAGUUUGUCAGAGUGAAAUAUUCUUCCUAAUUCUAGUCUUUAAAUUGUGAAUUGUUGAUAAACGCAAAAGUGCUUAGUCAUACCGACGUAAAACAUUUAAAAAUGUUUCAAAUGGUUGUCUGGCCGGACUGCUAUGUGCCUGCCAGGUUUAUAAAUCAUGUAUACGAUGCCCGCAAAACAAUUAUUCUAUCUGGGAAUGACAUACCCAAGUUGACUCUCUUCUUUGUCUUUACUGAGCGAGUGCAAAAUAUAUUUUAUGUAAAAAGCGUUUUGUUCGAAUAAUGUACAGAUGCACUGUAUAUAAUACUACACAAGCACCUUUAAUUGUAGGAUGAGUACCUUCAGCAUACCUCUGAUGUAGGAUUCGGGCUGAAGUUCCCAUCUCGCUUGAAGACCUGCAGUUCUGAUAGAAUACUACACAAGCUUGAUGGGAAUUUCGGGCACUUCCAUAGCUCAGCGUUUAAACACAGGUUGCAGCAAUACAGAUGCCAUACGGCAAUCGCAAUUCAGUUCUCUUUUUUCAUAAAUAAAACCUGUCUCAUGAUUAAUGUACCGUCCUACAAAAAAAUUUACCAUGUUCUUAUGUUUAAGGAAAACCAAGUCAUUGCUAAGACUUUCAUAACAGCUAGCAACCAAAGAAUCUUUGUAUUUAGUUGUGGAAUUCGGAUUUACUUGUUUUUGGAAAAUUUUUGUGUACAGUAGAAUUUUUAUUCAUCAUUCCUUACAAAAUGAAGUACAGCGACAACUGAUAAUGUUUGCAUAUCUCUUAUACA